GACUGACGCUGUGCAGUAUGAACUGCCCUUCAGUUAGCUCAGCCUGAAGUUCAUCGCAAACGAGUUAUAGAGUGACUGUGAGGACUACAAAACGAUACCUAUUCAAGCGGGCACAGAUCUGGGCACCUUACUGACCUGCAAGAGUGGCCAGCUGACAAUGUGUUGAAACAUAACAUGGAAAAGUAUACGGAAAUAAACAGUAGUGGACACUACUCAGAGAACAGUGCCUAAUAAAAACUGGAAAUCAUAGUAUAUUAGGCAAUGAAACAGUUUGGAUCACAGCAUAUAUGUAUGCUGAAUGUUGACAAAGGGCAGUUGUAAAGCAUUGUUUUGUAUUAACUUCCAGCUUAUUUAGACGACAUUUUUAUUUGCCGUGUUGUACAAAACAAGCACAAUGGUCCAAGUAUAAUGACAAAUGCAUGGAUGUCCUCAAUCUUGCAUUGAUUAGUUUGUUCUUGAGUGACUGAUAGGCCAACUGUUUAAAGGUAAUUUAAAAAUUUAUGGAAACCAGUCUGCUCCAGCCACAGUUUGGUUGAAAUGUUGCUAAAGGGUGUUACCCCAGAUGUUUUGAUGAAUCAUCCGAUAUAAUUAGUCUUCUACCUGAAAUGUCAGUUCUCCAUGUUUGAGAUGUAGAAUUUUAUAUCCAGGAGGCAAUUUUUGAUCCAUGGCACUCUCGCAGAAGGUUUUACAAAUGAUAAGAGAUUCUGGCUUUAAAAGCCCAGCCCAAUGUCGUUACCAUGGUAGCCAUGUGGGAGGAUCAUAUCUGUCUAGAUGGUUUAGGAAUGUCAAUCGACGUAGUCGGGUGGCCACACUGACAGAAGAGAAUCAAUAUGACCGGUUAGCAGAAUGUGUAACACCUUUGUACCAACUUCCGUAUGACAAACAACUUGAGUUAAAACAAAACCACAUGAAGUACUGCAUCUCCAAAGUGAUUGACAUUGGCUUGAACUCUCGCCCCAGGAAAUCGAUUGGCCUAUUACAGAAAUUGUCACAGAUGUAUGAUGGCCAGUGUUGUCCCUUAGAGGACAUUAAACCAGCUCCAGUCAUCUAUGGGUAUAGGAACAAAGAAGAGUUCAAUGUUGGCUGCAAUAUCCAUGGCAACCCAAACACUGUAGGACUGUACGUGGGGAAAGAAAGACACAGAAAUGCUGUAUGCGUUGAACCGGAUCAGUUGAUCAACAUGUCGGCAAGACACAUUGAAGUUUGUAAGGUUUUUCAGGAUUUUGUCCGCAGUUGUCGGCUACCCGUCUCUCCUUUGCUGCAGGAGAGAGGACACUGGCGUAACCUAAUCAUCAGAAGUACAACUCUGGGGCAACUCAUGGCAGUGGUCAAGUUCAACCCUAGACAUUUGUCUGAGGAAGACAUUGAAUUGGCGGAGAACGAAUUGAGGGAUUACUUUGCCAGUGGACCCGGGAAAAGUGCAAAUUUGUCUUCACUAUAUUUUCAAGCUUGCCCUCACACAUUUGGCCUUGGUACGGAUUUCCCAUACAAACAUUUACUUGGUGCAGCACACAUUGAGGAAGAGGUCCUGGACAUGAGAUUCAAUAUAUCAGCUGACUCUUUCUUCCAGACGAACACUCCCGGGGCUGAAGUCCUCUACAGUACAGUGAGAGAAUAUGCAUCUCUCUCACCAGACUCUACUGUGUUUGAUGUCUACUGUGGCACAGGAACUAUCGGCAUUUUACUGUCCCCGACAGCCAAAAAGGUCAUAGGAAUAGAAAUGCUUCAUCAAGCUGUGGAGGAUGCCAAAGUUAAUGCUCACAUCAACGGAUGCAGUAACACACAGUUCAUCCAAGGAGAUGCCCGUAAGCUGAUGAACCAGCUGUUCAUGAGCGGGCAGUAUGAUGGGGAAGAUCUUGUAGCCAUUGUUAACCCAGGGCGUACUGGACUCAGUAAGAAAGGGGUCCGUGCCUUGAAACGCUGUUCAGCCAUUCGAAGACUAGUUUUUGUGACUUGUAAACCUCAUGGGAAAGUCUUACAGAACAUGGUGGAUCUUUCCAUAGAGAUGGAUGACAUAGCCACAGAUCCAUUUUGUCCAGUCAAAUCAGUUGCUGUGGAUAUGUUUCCACAUACAUUACACACAGAACUGGUCACCCUCUAUGAAAGAUGACCCUGCGCCAUUUAUGGAAGAAGCCGAUCCUGUGUGGCACAUAGGUAAUGGCUAUUUUCAUGAUAGUGGACAAUUCUAACGGCUGAACAAACCAUGGAAAAGCUUUCUUGUCUGUUUUAAUUAAAUGUUUGCUUUGACGUCAUGCUGCUGUCAGCGUAGUUGAUUAUUUCUCCAGAAUCCACACUUGCGAGUUUGUGGUUUGAGUGGUAAUGGGUGACAACUUGUACCACCUGAGUGCGCCUUCCAUGGAUGUAUGGUACAGCACGAUUCAAACCCACGAACACAAGACUUCAAAACAUUAAAGUUUAAAACAAGAUCCCGCUGAGCUAUCUGGGAAGACCGUACAACCUUCUCCUUUUAGACGACUUUAACGUUUAUUUUGACGUCAAUCAUAUGUCUAACCAAUCAUAAGAAUGUUAUAUAGGAAGGGCCCAUUCAUUUCUUAUCAGUGUGAAAUUUAUUUUAUAAAUUUCGCUUGUCGCCCUCAUUUCAAUUACACCAUACGCUGCCAGUGCGUGAAAAGGCAGAGUGACUUCAUCAGUUCUCUUAGGCACAGAUAUGAACAGCAAAAACAGAGUGUGUAAUAGGUUGAACUGGUGGGUCUGAUUUGUGGCAUUCUGAUUACAUUUUGGAUAAUCGAGGCCUUGUUAUGUCAAUGUGACAGAAAUGAUAUUAUCCACUAUCAGACCUCGUCAGAUUAUAUGUAAGCGUCAAUCAAUUCAGAUUUACUUUCCCGCAAACCUAAUCAUAGACAGUCACUGUCCGUUAUCUUACACACCCAGUGUAUGUUGAAGUAGUAACCUGUAUAGGGACUGGAUUCACAUUGGCUAAAUGCGAUAACACUGUUACGUUAAAACUUCAUGUAACAUCGUCACGAAAGAUCAACAACAACGUAUUAUUUUCAACUAUGCAAAUAAUGCCUCUCAGCCAGCACGAAAGAGCAUUCAUAGAUGAUAAUUGUGAUGUAGCGUCUUUUCAUUAUUUACUUGAAAUGACAACGUCGGUUCUUGAAAAAGAGUCGAUAGUUGUUACAUUACUACAAACAUGUUUAAGUAGGAGAAUCAACUGUUGCUCGUCGUUUCACCAAUACAUCUUGCAUUGCUGACUAAAAUUGAAAGAAAGAACAACACUAGACAAAAUGAAUAUACAUGGAUAAAGUAUCCCACAUAAAAUUUAAAGAGACCUACCUUGUUAUUUUUGUGAUUUUGCAUAACUGAGGUAGCACAGUUAAACCAAGUUAAAACAUGAAAAUUUAGAAAAUC